AUGAGAAUAUGCUGGAUUAUCUGGAGUGAAAUCGCACCUAGCUCCUUAGGUGGAGCCAUGAUUGAUGGACAGUCAGCUUUUGCCAAUGAGCCCCUCAGUAAGGCUCCUGGCAUGAAUACUAUAGACCAAGGGAUGGCAGCACUGAAGUUGGAUAGCACAGAAGUUGCAAGCAAUGUUCCAAAAGUUGUAGGUUCUGCUGUUGGUAGCGGGUCCAUUACUAGUAACAUCGUGGCUUCCAAUAGUUUGCCUCCAGCCACCAUUGCUCCUCCAAAACCAGCAUCUUGGGCUGAUAUUGCUAGCAAGCCUGCAAAACAGCAACCUAAACUGAAGACCAAGAAUGGCAUUGCAGGGUCAAGUCUUCCGCCACCCCCGAUAAAGCAUAACAUGGAUAUUGGAACUUGGGAUAACAAGGGUCCCGUUGCAAAAGCCCCCUUACAGGCUUUGGUUCAGAAUAUAGGUCAGCCAACCCAGGGGUCUCCUCAGCCUGUAGGUCAGCAGGCUAACAGUAGCCCACCAGUGGCUCAGGCAUCGGUAGGGCAACAGACACAGCCAUUGCCUCCACCUCCACCACAGCCUGCCCAGCUUUCAGUCCAGCAACAGGCAGCUCAGCCAACACGCUGGGUAGCACCUCGGAACCGUGGCAGUGGGUUCGGUCAUAAUGGGGUGGAUGGUAAUGGAGUAGGACAGUCUCAGGCUGGUUCUGGAUCUACUCCUUCAGAACCCCACCCAGUGUUGGAGAAGCUUCGGUCCAUUAAUAACUAUAACCCCAAAGAUUUUGACUGGAAUUUGAAACAUGGCCGGGUUUUCAUCAUUAAGAGCUACUUUGAGGAUGAUAUUCACCAUUCCAUUAAGUAUAAUAUUUGGUGCAGCACAGAGCACGAUAACAAGAGACUGGAUGCUGCUUCCAUGCUCUAUCGUUCCAUGAACGGGAGAGGCCCCGUUUACUUACUUUUCAGUGUCAAUGGCAGGGGACACUUCUGUGGCGUUGCAGAAAUGAAAUCUGCUGUGGACUACAACACUGCAGGUGUGUGGUCCCAGGACAAAUGGAAGGGUCGUUUUGAUGUCAGGUGGAUUUUUGUGAAGGACGUUCCCAAUAGCCAACUGCGACACAUUCGCCUAGAGAACAACGAGAAUAAACCCGUGACCAACUCUAGGGACACUCAGGAAGUGCCUCUGGAAAAGGCUAAGCAGGUUUUGAAAAUUAUAGCCAGCUACAAGCACACCACUUCCAUUUUUGAUGACUUCUCACACUAUGGGAAACGCCAAGAGGAAGAAGAAAGUGUUAAAAAGGAACGUCAAGGUCGUGGGAAAUAAAAGGCAGUUCUAACAGACCACAGCAACAGUUGCAUCUGCAUAUCCUAAGAGGAAAAAAUGACCUUCAAGAGAAUUAGGACUUUUUUCUUAAUUCCACUGACUUCAGAGACGAUUGCAGACUUGCAGUUUAAGUAUUGGAAUUUCACAAAAGACAUAGGACUUAACUGGAAAAUGAAAAAAAAAAAAAAAAAG